AAAACCCAACAGAGCUGCAAAGUUUUUCUACCGUUUUGUGCAGAAAAUGUUCAAGAAGGCAAAUUUGUUUUUAGCAAAAACGGUUAACGCAUGAGAACUCACUGCUGAAUAAUCCUGAGAGUUUAAAGAAACAGGGUUUUCGGAGAGCGGAAGGAUUUUUUUUCUGCAGCUUCCAGCUUUGUAAACACUGAUAAACUGCAGAGCAGAACAUGGUCCCCUGAAGGGGAAUCUCAAAGGUUUGGAUUACUCUCCGGCUUUAACCUGAGAAACAUGAACAGUCAUGAGCCUCAGAGGACGAAUCACUUUGUGCAAACAUUUAGUGCUCUUCUUCAGUCAUGUUGUGUUUCUGCUGUCUCCUCUGUGUUCAGGACUUUUCAUGCAGAUUGUUCAUGUACUUUGGGUUUAAUAAUGAUCGUUCAGCUAGGUGUCAUGGCGACAGUGUACCUGUCCAGGUCAAUUACCUGUGAUAAUAAUCAUAAUAUAUUGUGUGACUGUGUGUGUAGAUGGUGAUGUUUUGUACAAACACAAUCGUGCAGCAGAGGACAAUCCUCAGCCAAUGAGAUGAGCUAUUGGAAGUGGUUGUGCUUUCUGAUUGGUGUGUUUACUUGAAAUGUGUUUUUUUUGGUGAUCAGACAGUCUGCAGGUAGAGACGAGAUCAAUGAAUCAGAUCGAUAUAAACAGACAGCUGAAUCCGACACAUCUGACCAAUCAUCUUUAUCCACAUAAUCAUCUGCUCAGACUGCACAUCACUUCAACAUCCCGCACACCAACACGUCUAACACUGGCAGAGCUGUGAAGAGGGAUUUAUUUAUUUUAUUUAAAAAAAGAAGUCACUGUAGACGACGUCAGAGACUCUCAGUUUGAACUCUUCACUGAUUUUAUGACAAUAUGGUUAAUUAGAAAAUCUUAUGAUGACAUGAAAACUGAGGCUGAGGUGUCAACUACAACUCCCAUAAUGCUUUUCCAACAGAAACCUCAGAUAAGAGGGGCUGACAGACAUCUGAAAGCAUUCGGAGAAGAGAAAAAAACAAAACAGAAUCUUAACAGAAAAAGUGAUCUGAACUCUGUAACAGUAUUUCGUGUUUGUUCAUUCAAACCAGGAGCUUUAUUUAACAUGAAUCAGAAACAAGAAGGAGUUAAACAUGUUUUUUUUUUAACCAGGACACUGUUUGUUCCAUAACUUUAUUUCUCUAAUAAAGGUUAUGGAAGGUGAUGACA